CACAAGGGGCGGUCACGAGGUUUCCUCAAUCACAUGAUAAGAAAAUGGCGGCGCGCUGGCUGUGUGCUUGCUGCUAUCUGUUCGCCUUUUUUAAGUAUGCUACGUUACAGAAUCUUCAGCUUCCUCUUGUCAUAAAUACGUGGCCUUUUACAAAUGCAACAGCGAGUGCAUGGAAGGUGAUCGGAAAUGAGGGAGGCAGCAACCUUGAUGCAAUUGUGGCAGGCUGCAGGGAGUGUCAGACCCAGCGCUGUGAUGGAAGUGUUGGAUAUGGAGGCAGCCCUGAUGAGUAUGAGACAACACUUGACGCCAUGAUUAUGGAUGGAAGAACAUAUGAAGUGGGCUCAGUGGGAAGUCUGCGAAGAGUGAAAGAUGUAAUCGGUGUGGCAAGGGCUGUAAUGGACUAUUCACAGCAUACGCUUUUAGUUGGUGAUGCAGCCACCAGAUUUGCAAUAGAAAUGGGUUUUAAGGAGGAAAAUCUUUCCACCAACUCUUCCCUACAAAUGUGGAAGGACUGGGAAAAUGGACGUUGUCAACCAAACUACAGAAAGAAUGUAUCGCCAGAUCCCAGAAAUAACUGUGGCCCAUAUAAACCAACUUCUCAUAGUCUUAAAAGACAAAAGUCGUCAGAAUUUGUUGGCAAAUACAAUCAUGACACAAUUGGUAUGGUUGUGGUUGACUCAAGAGGAAAUGUGGCAGCAGGCACAUCAACCAAUGGUCUUAAUCAUAAAAUACCUGGCCGAGUGGGAGAUUCUCCUAUCGUUGGUGCGGGCGCCUAUGCAGGCAAUGGCCUGGGUGGUGCAGCGGCUACAGGAGAUGGUGAUAUUAUGAUGAGGUUUUUGCCCAGUUUUAAUGCAGUCAUGAUGUUGGGUCAAGGCAUGACACCAGAUGUUGCAGCACAAAAGGCUAUUGAGCCUAUAGUACGAUAUUACCCAAAUUUUACUGGAGCUAUUAUUGUUGCUGAUACCAAAGGAGCUUUUGGUGCUGCAUGCCAUGGACUGGAUAAAUUUCAUUUUUCCGUUGCUUCACCCUCAACAGGAAAAGUUUUAGUUAUGGAGACUUCCUGUAUAUAAUCAGAGGCAUGAAGUAACUGAAUAUAUUUUAUACACAAACACAGCUGUGAUUUCUGAAAGAAUCUUCAUUUACUACUUCUAGGAUGUCUGCUUUUUUUCUCGUUCUUUAUUGAUCUUGUGUCUUUUCAUUUUCAAUCUUUGACUUCCUCUUACUUUCCCUGACUACCUUACUUUAAAAAUGUCAGCUUUACCAGCAUGCGUAACUGUGCUUUGUAGUCUUCUACAGUCUCACCAAAUAUUUUCACUGAAACACAAGAAACAAUUUAAGUGACUAUAUGCACAUUAAAAUGAAUGUUGUUUUUUUUUUCUCAAGCAUGAAUGUUACAUUUGACUUCAUGUCAAACUGGCCAGUAGACAUUUGCAUUUAUCCCAUUUGACCAAAUGUUUUUCAAAUAUGAAUUAGACUACAAUUGAAACUUGAAAAGAGGUUGUGAGGAGAGAGCAGUCAUGACUUUGUGAGCAUUAACCCAUUGUAAAGCAGUGUCUUAACACAUAACUUUGUUUUAGUAAUGCAAUUUUGGUCCUAUAAUUAUUAUUAUUAAUAAAUUGUUUUAUCACCUAAGUGAUCUGGACAUAGCCCCUCAGAAACAUUAGUAAAGAUAUGUCUAUAUUUUUCAAACUGAUGAUGGAUAGUAACUAUGCAUACACUGUGAUAGAACUUGCUAAAGCCACCACAAAUCCUACCAUUCGUAAUGUCAUACAAACCAGCACUGAACAUGAACAGAUUAACACAUACAUAUUCAGUUUUGAAAUCAAGAAUGUAAGCUGUUCACGAACAAAAAGUUUGCAUGUUGAAAGUUUAUGAAGAAUAUAAAAAUAGUGAUAGGAUUCUCAAGUAUCAAGAAAGCACACUUUAUGAGUUCCAGUAUGGCCACUAGUCUGUUUCAAGUAGAGUGAGCCAGAGUCUAUCCAGUACUUUCAGAUUAGUGGUUAUAAUUCUACAUGAUGUGUGUACAUAGGGUUGAGCAGGAAUUUCAAACACAUACAAGUUUUGCUAUAAAUGAGGUGUAAAUGUGGAUAAAGGGAUGCAACUGCAAUAAUAAUGCACUGUGUCAAAAUUGUAUGUUUUCAGCAUGAAUUUCCAUUCCUUGUGUUCUCAGAUUUCCAGGUGCUGUUUUUUAUUUCUUGGAUGAAACUCAUAAUUCUGAUAUUUUUUGUCUGUACAGUGUGAUCAGCACCUGGUUAUGAUUUAAAUGUGCACAAGAUGUAAGGUCCAUUGUUUUUCACAAAGUGAACUUCAUGGUCAUUCAUCCAGCAAAUACAUAUCAUAAAGUAAAGUAUUUUUUAAACAUUU